UGUUACUUAUCUACUUAUCUCCCCCAUUUAACCCGGAUUUGCAUCCUUCCUUUACUACGUAAUCGCUUGCAAGUCAUCAUGGAGCAUCGGAAACGUGUUUCCCGAGCCUGCGAUGAAUGCCGCCGGCUGAAGGAGAAGUGUGAAGGCGGAGUCCCGUGCCGGAGGUGCUCUCACCUUCAACGGCCAUGCGAAUGCAGAGGUCCAACUCCGAGACCUCGUGAGUUCCGUCCCUACGUUCCGAGAGAGGCCUCCCGCAGACCAGAUUUCACCGAGCUCAUUGAGCGAUCGAAACACAUGGAGCGGAUAUUGCAGCGCACCAUGGAAGGAAUCUCGCUCGACACGAAAAACCUUGCCAACAUAGCCGACAGACUCGAAACUGACCACCAGAGCCGAUCAAGGGCCUCCGCUGGUCCGAGAGAUUUGGAGGGGCUGGAGAUCGAUGAUGAAGCGUGCACGAUGCAGCCGGUCGGAGACACCACGACUCACUUUUCUGGAGAGUUCUCGUAUUGGAACUUCUCCAUGCGGAUCAAGAGCCACAUCGAAAGCCGAAUCCAAGAGCCAGAGAGCCGAGAAGAGAAUCGCCAAGAUGAUGAUUAUGCGUCGGCCUUUCCACGGGCCCAUCAGCUACGCCCUGAGCAUAAUCACUUAUCAGCAGCCAUAUCGACGUUCCCUCCUAGCCAUAUAUCCAGUUUCUUGGUGAGAAUAUUCUUCAAGUAUGCAGAGAGCUAUCUUUUCUUCAUUGAAGAAGGCUGGGUUCUCGAGAAAUUGGCUCUGCUGCACACCAAACCUGAAAGUCUGACCCAGGGCGGGGGUGAAGUGACAGUCAGCAUUCUCUUGACAGUCCUUGCCAUCGGAACACAAUACGCACAUCUCGAACGUGCCAAGGGGCCUGGAAAUACCUCAACAUCAGGACUCUCGGAGGAAGAGAUAGGCACUACGUUCUAUCAACAGGCAAUCCGACUCCUACCCGAGAUUAUCGAGAUCUCGUCCCUUGAAAGUGUGCAGGCGUGCUUGCUGUUUGGAUACUAUUUCCUGCCGAUUGACGCUUCUGGCCUGGGGUUUAUCUACAUUAAUCUGGCCAUCAGAUUGGGGAUUCAGAACGGCAUGCAUCGAAAAUGUAGCAACAACGCCUUCAACUCAAGUGUCAUCGAAACCCGCAAUCGCGUAUGGUGGACGACCUACGUGCUGGAGAGAAAAAUAUCCAUUUUCCAUGGCAGACCGAUCUCAGUGUCUCGGGUCAAUAUCGAUGCGAGUCUGCCUCUACACCAAGAUAAUUCCCAAUCUGAGGACUGGCGCAGAAGGAUUUCCUACACUCGAGUCUCUGUCCAGCUGGUCCACUUGCUCGAAGACCUGUUUCACGAAAUUAACCUCUUGCGAAACUGUCCGAGACAAGAGAUACCAGCGAUUGUGUCACGGCUUGUGGCUAAAAAAGGCGAAUUGACAACAUGGUGGCAAUCUCUCCCUCCAGAUGCCGUUGAUGUCAAUGCCCAGCAAAACCCGACACAGUUCCGUUCCGCUAUGCACCUCAGACUCGAGUACUGCCUGGUGCGGAUGUUCGUCGGAAGACCAUUCCUGUUGAAGAGAGAAACACAAGACUCCACUGCAAGUCCGUCAGUCCCCGAAAACAGCCCUGGGACCAACGAAGAGAGCACCCGAAAGCCCGUGUCCAGUCGAGAGGAACUUAUAAGCGACUGCAUCCAAGCGGCGACAGAAGCCCUCGAUAUCUGCCAGCAGCUACGAUCGAGCGGUAUAGGACUCGCGCGGGCCUCAUACCCCGAGUACAGCGCGUGUCGGGCUUCGUUGCUCGUAUUGAUUGCCUACUCGAUCCGGAAUUUCUCUGAGAAGUUCCGCAAGUCGUUGUGCGAGGGCUUGGAUAUGAUUCGGGAGAUGUCUGCAGCUGGGGAGUCGGCUCGGUCCGAGGUAUCGUUGAUCGAGUCGCUUGAGCGUGCGCUUGCUCGUCUGCACGCCGGAGCGCGACAACAUGGGUCGAGCCAUGACCAAGUACACGUGGUUUCCGAUUAUGAAGCAUUUCGCAAUUGGGGAGCCAAGUUGGCGGGCACGAGUGUGUCUGAUACUACACCUGCAGCUCCUGAUCCCCCGGCUAGUCAAGAAGAAGCAGACUCGGCAUCUGGCUGGCCUGCGGAGCUUGAUUUCCAGCCCAAUGUAGAGCUUUUCAGUGGCUAUGACCUCGCGGCCGAUCCGUUAGUCGAGCUGUCCAUCUUCGGGACUGAGAAUCUUUCUCCGUCCCUCGGAUGGCCUACGUACACCGAGGCCGAGGUAUUGGGACGUUUCAUAGGAGGACCUCACGGGGGAAACUGGGCACCGUAAGCUAGUGUAUUGAUUAA